GAGCUGAAGCGUGACCACAAUGAUAUGGCCAUGCAUACGCUAGUUUCUCAGCCCCCAUGGCCAUAAUGAAUCCAGAACCUUGACAUGCGCUGAUGGUGGAUAGCAGUUCGCAAUGCCCGAUUGGUGGAGGUAAAGAGGGCGUUAAAGUUCCCCUCAAAGACACAAGUGUUCGCAGGAAAUCUGAGGCAGCUUCUUCCCGUCCACUCUGAUAUAGUCAACGAUAGCUUCCUCUCGUCCCUUGUGUCCUCGAACACAUCGCAUAGGCAGCAAUGGCACCUCCAACCCGUCGAUUUGAAAAGCCAGAACCAGAAGAAGAGAAUGUUGUUGUGGAUCCCGGAUCCAAGAACAUCAUCACCUUUGAACAGCCAGGCUUGGUAGGAGGCACAUACACCAUCCAGGUUCAGCAGACCAUUUCGGAAGACAAGUCCGAGGAUGAUAAUCGCAAGGAAACGGACUCGACAACUUACGACCCAUCUACACCCCCAGGGAAACAACAAUUAAAAGUUCUCGCCCCGAAAUUCCACCUCCCCGCCAACUCAGUGUACUCCAUAUACCCAGAACAGGGCCACGAAGCGACGCACGACACGCUUCCGCACAUUGUCCUCAACGACAGCACUCUACCAUGGGAGCGCACCGGCAGUUACCAAGCCGAGGGUCAUCGUACCGACGACUAUUCCAAGCACGCCGUGCCAUGGAUGGCGCUCUUGAUCUUCUCCCCGGACGAGCUGCAUUUGGACGACGUCGAGAAGGCGGGAAUCUUUGCGCACACUAGCCUCAAUGCUCCUCCGCCAAAGCAGUCGGAGUCCAUGGCUGUCCGCGUUCCGUUGGGCGACCUCGUCAAGCUGAAGGAGGGAACAGCCAGUGUCCCAUUUGACGACCAAAUCGACCUCGACCAGGCAACCACACCUGAUACGAAUGUGAUCUUUCCCAAGGCAUCCUUAUUCAAUCGCUUGUUUGCAGCCUACGAUGACAACGGGGAACCGCAGCCAGGCACACCAGAUAUUUCGCGACACCGGUUCCUGGCCCACGUCGUCCGGAUGGACACAAGCGGAACCGACUCAGACAAGGUCGGUACCACCCGGGAGUUCAGUGUCGUAAUCGCUAAUCGCAUCGGGCCUCUCGACGGUGACACAGCUUCCCAAAUGAUCGUCCAUCUCGUCUCUCUCGAGGGCGUCGAAUCGCUGAACCCCUUACCUCUCCCCGAGGUUGUACCAGGCUCAUCAUCGCCCGAGCAACCUGCUCGCGUCGGGCUCGUCUCCCUCUACAGCUGGUCCUACACCUGCCUCCCGCCGAAUUCUCUCAACGUAAAGCAGACCUUUGAGAACCUAGCCCUCACAGCGAGCAUGCUCAAGCCCAUCAUCCCGCCCCAUUCGGAACACCUAGAUGACGUAGGAAAGCGCAUGCUCAACCGGUUUGAAGAAGGCUACAUCAUCGUGCGCUCCAGGACGCCAACAGGGGAACCCACCGCCGCCCUCAUCCGCGGCCCGCUAACACCCAACUUGAUUGCCCCCUUAGAAGGGGAUUUUCUCUCCAACUCCGGCGCCGACCUCAAAAUCUUUGAUGAGAAACUGGACAUGAUGGACAUCACCUACUCCUCCGCCUGGUCACUAGGUCGCUCGCUAGCUUUAGCCGAUCGCGCCUUCACCGUUUCUCUCACGCGCGUCCGCCAUGAGAUCUUGCACCCAGGAACAACUAGUGCCGCUCAGCAGCGACAUGGAAAGAUGCCGCAAGCCACGCAGCGGCAGAGCUAUAAGCGGGAGGACCUGCUCAAGUCUCUUGACAGCAGCUUGAUCAACGAGACCAGUGCCAUCUCGCGGGUACAGUGGCCCGCUAGUACAUCACCUCCUCCUAAUUUGGCCAACAACAACUCCAUCAGCCCCGUCACCGAAUCCGCCAAGGAGGAGGAAGCGGUCUUUGAAGUGGCCAAGAGCCUUGCUUUCGACGACACUGAACGGGGAGGCUGGAAGACAACGACCUACGACGACGACCUCACCGAUCCCAGCAGCUCGUCGGACUGGAGUAUCGUCCUCCGCUUCGUUUUAGAUCUGUACCACCUCGUCAACGUCCCGUCGCGCUACCUCUUACCCGGCCAGAGCAUGCUACCCCGCGAGAGCCUCCGUUUCUUUUUCGUUGACGGCAACUGGAUCGACGCGCUAGUGGACGGUGCGCUGAGUGUGGGUUAUAUGUAUCAGGGCGGCCUGGAAGGGUCUCCCGUGGAGGAUGACCAUGUCGUGCGGAGAGCCUUAAAAAAGUCUAUCAGCCGCUUCAUGUUAACCGACGAUCCCACCACAGUCCAUCAUCAUCGUUCUGCCGCUGUUCCCAGGUAUGGAUUCUUUCUUCGGUCGUCGGUCAUUGCUGCUGCGCAAUUCCCGGAUCUCAAAGUUUCGGUUGAACAACCCAGCGGCGGGGAUCCGAAUCUGAAAGUGUUGUUGCGGCAUGACAUAGUUGCCGAGGAAACCAUGCUGGGAUUCUUCAGUGAGGUGCCGCCCGUAGAAAGCGAGUUGUAUCAAAUGCGAUUUGAGGUGCCCGCCCAUCAGCAGUUUUUCUCCUUGGGUAGCGUAACAGAUCAAGACCUGGAGGUGGUGUAUAAGAAACAGUACACCACCACCAAACCGGAAGUUGAGGAUGGAUCGAGGAACGUCCCAGUUGCUACGGUCAAGUGGCCCCGGGACGGUAAAGGGAAGGCCAUGUCGACGAACGGCAAUGACACUCGAGAAGGGAGCCAGGUGUUUAUCUGGGGGUCCAAGUCUGGUUUAAAUGAUGUUCGGUUGGUGCUCGUGGAGAAGCUGGCUGCCGCUGUUCAUGCUACGUUGGUCAAGGAGAUGGCGGAGCUGGGUUCGGACUGGUAUGAGGAAACGACUGCCACGUCUGCUAUGAUGGCCUAUCAGCUUAGCAGUCGUUCGUGGCACCUGCAAAUUGGAUGAUAGAUAUUCAGGGGCACGGGGACAACCUCGGGAGAACUGACGAAAUGUUCAAGUUGGGUGUAGCAGCGCGGAAUUGCGAGGGGGGUUGUGGUGUGAGUUGAGAUGCGCUGACGGGAGACAUCCCUGAAAUUCUCGUUAGUACACUACGCCUGUACAACGCUGUAACCGGGUGGGGCACUAACACUUAUAUCCUCCUUGGCCAGUCAUUCGAACUUUGAGGGUUUCUCUUGAGCGCUUAGCCUCUCCGCCGCCUUUGAUGGUCUUGAUGAUGUUCACAGAUAAUGCACACCAUUGCCUUGAUUCGAGUAAAGUGAUUUACCUGUUGCGCAUAGAAGGAAGCUGCUGACCAGAGCUUGCUUGGUUCUGAUAGUAGAGGUGGCGAUACUCUGGCAGUCGCUACAGGAGAUGGGUGAGGCGGG